CUAGCUCGUGCCUGAGGGACGAUUCUUGCUUGAGGGAUCUUCUAUUUCAUUACGUCAAGGGCAGAGACUCGGAACAAACCCUUGGAAUUGAAAGUGUCAAGUUUCAACGACUGGAUGAUAGAAGAAACGAUCGUAGAAGAAAGAUGGGAGACGUUCCGAAGGAAACCCGUUGGACGUCGAAAGUGAAGUUCUUCGUUGCCAUCGCCUCACCCCUGUGCCUGUCGCCCAUGCUUUUCAUUGGGACACCGAGUGCCAAGUGUGCAUACUGCCUUCUUCUCAUGUUCUGCACCAUGACGCUUGGGACUCUUCCAGUGCCCGUCGUUGCCCUCAUUCCGAUCGUGUUCGUUCGCCUGUUUGAAGACCUACCGUCACGUGACCCGCUACUUGAAGCCACCUACUCUGAUCUGCUGCCUGUGAUCGGCUUCAUCUGCUUCUACGUAGCGACGUACUCAAGAAGGCUGUCUACCCGCAUCUCAUUGUUCCUGCUUCGGAGGUUCGGAGCCUGUAUAAAGCCCCUGUACUACAAGAUGAUGGGGCUGACGUUCAUCGGUUGUUGCUUGUUGCCAUCUGCGCUGGUUGCCCUGUUACUUAUUAUAAUGAUCAUCAAGCUCAUACAUCAUAUACAGGAGGAUUACGUGGCUGCAGUAAGACAGCGCUGCGCUCAACGAGCUGCCGAAAGGCAACGGCUAGAAGAACUUGAUGCAGACACGCUGCUGGAGACACUAUCUCAGAAACUCAAACCACGUUCCAAGUUCAAGAGCGGUGAACCAACGCACCAGAUCGACGCAGUUAUGAGUGACAUCAUGAAACGUACCUUCAGCGUACCCGUCAGACGUGAAAGUCGGAUCAGCUUCUCUCUGCCAGAUCUUUCAGAGGAGGAUGGAACAUCAAGCAGAUCGCUAUCUGAACCUGUCAAGAAACGUCCCAACAAGACAAGCAACGAGACCAAAGACACCAACAAGAGCAAAGCCAAGAGUUUCAAUGCCAUAGCGCCGAAGGAAGCGAAGAAAGAAGUCUCUACCAAAGUUGGCGUCAACGACAGGGAAAAGGAGCGUAUAACAAACGUGACCGGACAGGGUGUAGCGACCAAAAACCAGGCUGGCAGCAAAAGUGACUCCAGAUGCACGUCGGCAAAUCCGAGCGUAGGUCAGCCUUGUAAUCACCAUGGGGUUCCAGCGAGACCGAUUCGUAUGGCGUCAGGCGCCGAGGUGAACACGGAGGAGAAAACAAGAGCGCCGUCCACGCUUACACAAGAAGUGAGUAUACCAAAAACCGUCGCGCCGCUCACUCUGACCGCUGAUGCGGCCCAAUCGAAGAACAUGUCUCGGGAUAGCAGGAGCAGACGACGUAGUCCCUCCGGGGGAUCGUUAAGUAGCUAUGACCAAAAACAGCGACGGGUGUCUUCGGUUUCCUUUCAUGAGAUCAACGUAUCUCCAAGCUCUCCUUCGGACAAUAUUGAAAUCAUCCGGGAAACGGCCCAAGUGAAGAGCACGUCGCGCGAUACGAAGGGCAUGGGUAGGAGCAUGUCACAAGGCGGUUAUAGCACCUACGACCGAAAAGAGCGCCACCGAUCGUCAAUAUCAUCUAACGGCGAGCCUACCAGCAGUAUUUCCGUUGACAUAAUAGCUGGACAAGAGAACCAGGACGUUACAGGUUCCUCAAGUAUUCUAUCUACCAUCAGCAAUCUCUUCAGGAGAAUAUUCUAUGAAAAAAGAAGCGAGGCAGUCGAUUCUGCACACACGUCAAGGAGCCAUUCACAAACGGUCCUCAUCAUACUAGAUUCUGAAGCUGCAGGAGAGACUCAGAGUGCUUAUCACAAACUGAUGUACAACAAUCUUCAAAAGGCUCUCGUGUUCGGCGUUGCUUACACAUCCAUUAUCGCCGGCGAAUGUAACUACAGCACCAGUCGUGCAAGAGGAAUUCUCUCCAAUUUCUACCACAGCCGGAAGGAGCAAAACCCAGUGGAAUACUUCCGAUUCACUGCCAUCACGUUGCCAGCUUCGUUGGGGUCCGCUGCAGUUCUGUGGUUCGCCCUCUACAAGAUAUAUCUAAGUCAAUACGCCUAUAUGGGUGAUGGAUUGUACAACGAGAUAGCGACGGAUUUUCUGAAGGCUCAUCGCACUGUGAGACCUCUGAGAACGGUGGAUGUUUACUACAUAAUUUACUUUCUUUUUCUGAUCGUCAUGAUCUUUCUGUACCAUAUGGCCUUCACUUCUGAAUAUAUCAAUGACACGACUAUUGUGUACCUGACGCUGCUUCCGUUAGCCGGUGGCCUCUGCGAACGAACGAGCAUUUUUCUCCACGGUGAACCCUUGAUGUCGACAGUCCUGGUAUCCAAAAUUCCUUGGUACUUAAUUGUCCUCAGGUUAGGAGGAGGCACCCUCGCCAACACUAUGGUGGCAGCUAAUCUCGGACCGUGGUUGUUCCAGACCAUAGUUCCAGCAGUGCGAGGUGUUGGCAGCCUGGUCACUUUUACGUGCGCGUUACUGGGCACGUCCAUCAUCAAUGAGAUUGACCCUGAAUCCCUUGGUGACCGGCUUUUGCCAUGUCUUCCGGAAUACUGGGAGACAUCCGGAUUUGAGCUGUGGAACAUCGCCUUGCCGGUUGCUGUCAUAUCCUGCUACACAUUCUUCAUGCUUUUCACCAGCACCACCCUCAUCUUCCUUUCCCAUUACGCCGGAGUGGAACCGAUUGAAAUGGUCAUGCCAAGCAUAUUUCUCAAGAUAGUCACCACCGGCUUCAUGGUCGUCUCCAUCGGUGUGUAUCAGUGGUUGGAGGAGUCCUUCUCUGAUAUCACCUAGAAAGUCCUCUCACAACUAUAGGCGACCCGCACGAGAAGCAGUGGGAGGAUCGCAAUAAGUCCCACACUCAACUCAGUGACAUAACGAUGUACUUCUGCAUGUUUCAUAGCAAUUUGUUGAGAAAUCAACUAUUACUACAAUUUGCAGAGGCAAUAAAAAAUCCUGCCAACG